GGUGUAGUUUACUAAAAUAGUUUCUAUGUUGUUUAUUGCUGAAUAUAAUUGUGAAUGUGACUUGAUCAAUGUGGUAAAGCAUGGUAAAAUGGUUUCUCAUUCGGUUUGAUCAGAUUGACAACUAGCUUGCCCCAUUGAAUUCGAGUCUCUGGAGAAAGAUGGAACAGCUCAGUGAGGAAAUCCCUCCUCAAGGUCUAUCUGGAAUGGGAUCUGGAAUGAAACUGACAGACGACUUUGAAAGACCUGCUGCACAUUUAGUAGGAAAUAGAAGUUCAGGCUAUUACAGUCCUGGUAUUAUCACUCAAUGGUAUACCAAGAGCAUUUCUGUGGGGUCACCCUUUCUUCAAGGUGGAAUGAAGUACAGAAAGGGAUACAUCACCGUGCCUCAAAGCGGUCUCUACUAUGUUUAUGCACAACUGUACUAUGGUCACAGAGGUGUGAGCUACCGCAAUGCUGGAUACUCCAUACGGACUACUGGGAACAGACACAGAGAAGCUGAGGUUUUCUAUUACAGUCAACACAUCAACGAUGACAACACUCACUACACGGGCCGCAUCUAUUCUCUGAACAAAGGAGACCGCUUGUUGUUGCAUUUUGAUACCUAUUGCUACUACUAUUUUCCUACAUCAAGAUCAUUCUUUGGCGCGUUUAAACUUUGACUUUGAUGUACUCGUAUAUUUAGCAAAUGCAAUGAAUGUGACAGUAGUGUCUGUUAGACAGCAAUUGGUUGAAAACAAGACAGAGAGUUAGAUGCAGCGCUGAAUACUAAAAUGAUUGU